CGUUGUUGCGAGAACGGCGAGCCAGCCAGUUGUCGCACAAAGCACCACACCACAUCAGCACACCCUGCACCGUGUCGGUGUUGACCGCGCCGCUUGGCUGGGUAUCUUCAACCGACCAACGAAGCAACCGUGCAAACAGACCGCUUGCUGUGCUUUGUUGGCAAGCAAGGAGGGUUCUUGAUUGCUUACCCUCUCUGGUGGGUUUCUGUGUGUGACCUCGCUCUGAGCAGCCUCACAACACAGCACCACCGACCGUCAUUUUGGCUGCGUGACAACCCCAUUUCCGCUUUAUUCCCCUGCCCCCCCCCACCACCACCAACAAGAUGUCUCGCACCCCUGCGUGGGCGCGGUGGCGACCCGAGUAUCUCAACUUUGAAGCCCACCACGCUUCCAUCGUCACUAGCCAAGGAGAGCACCCCGGAAUCUUCAUCAUCAAGCCACCUUCCCUGUUCGUUAUCAACCCCUCGACACAACAGCCGGUCUUUGUGGUCGACCUGGCCAGAUGCACAUGCAACGUCUCCGGCACCACGGAAACAAUUCUCUUUGUGAAGCUUGUGCACAGCCUGGCCACACACCCGACGUUCAUGGAGAACGGCCGCAUUCGCAUCCGCUCAAAGUCACAGCCACACCGGGACCACCUUGCUUCGGCCAUCAACUCAUCCCUCAAGCGAAGCAACGUUGGGAUGCAGCUGCAGGGGACGACCGGGGAAUCAACAACAGAGCAGGGCGGGUCGACACGCGUGCCCCACGUGGCCAUCGACACCCUCACCGUUCGCCGCCUGGCAACAACAGCGUCGCAGGUCCGCGAGAUUUGCGACCGCAUCGGCCUCUUUGACAAAGUGCUGACUCAGGACCUCAACAUUGCCCACAAGCUCGUGGCCACCGAACGCAAGCUGCUGCUUGGGCUCAAGGCGACACUGCUGGCACCCUCGCCAGAGGACGGCGAGUGCAUCAUGCAACUUCGCCUCAUCACGCAAUCUGUGCUGGGGCGCGCGCUGCCGUGGAUGGAGUACGGCGAGACGCUGCUGCAGACGGCCAUGCAGGCAAACGACUACAGUGCAGCAACCAUGCGUGUCGUUGAGCGCCACCUCAACCGCGUGUCGUUCUUCUCCGAGAUUCUGGCGUGGGUGACGCACGCACACGUCAUCUUCACGCAGCCAUCGACGAGCCAGGAGGCGGCCGAGAUUGCCCUGCGCCUCUCCCAGGUGUUCCACAUCCUCGCAGAGCGCCCGCGCACGCAGCCGCAGCUGACGACGCUCGUGGCCAGGCUCACCUGGGCGACAAAGGACAUCUUGGGCAUGGUAAAUGUCGCCCACGUUGGCCGCGAGGUGGAGGGCGAGCUGCGUGACGCAAUCCUGUCUGCUGUUCAGGCCGGCAUGGCCGUCCAGGACGCCCUGUACAAGUUCAUGCUCAGUCCGCCGUUUCCAUUUGAGUUUGACGUGGUUGUUGCGCACUGCUACCGACUCGGCGCAGCGCUGCUUGAGAUUCUGCACGCCGCCGCCGCCUCGGGGGAGUGGGAGUUUCUUGACUUUGGGUUGGCCAUGCACGUUGACUGGGCACGCCUCGACCCCGCCACCCCAUAUGUGUCGCAGGUUGCACGCCAGCACUCCCAACACCAGCAGCAGCAGCGGCAGCACGCGACGCUGCGGCGUGACGGGCGCGGGGCGGCAGUGGCGGCAGGCGCACACACGCCGGCAGCACGUGCUCUUGGACAGCAGCACCUGCACCCCCAGGGCCAGCAGCAGCAGCAGCAGCAGCAAGGGGCGGGGCAGACGGCAACGAUGAUGAGCGGUGCAAGCAUUGGCAGCGGGUACUUUGAGCAGGAGGAGGAGGACGGGGACGCAAACGUGGCGGGCUUGAAGGAGCUCUCUCUGCUGGAGGAAGAGGAAGAUGACGACGACGACUAUGAGGAUGAGGCGCAGCUGUCGAAGCUGCUGACCAGCGGGGUGGAGGUUGAUGCCCUGGACCAGGCCGUGAUGAGCAACGAGCGGUACAGGGACAUUGUCUCCAAGCAGCUGGACGAGGCAAAGCAGCGCUGCGACAAGGCCGUGGACGCUGCGAACAACGUCAGCAGGCUGUGUUUGCUUGACGUGCUGCGGAAGCUCAUGUCUGCAAGCAACAAGCUCAUCUGCGUGGACAGCCGCAACGCGUCAUCUGUUGACACGUGGUCCAAGACUGUCAGCAGCUUUGUGCAGCGCAUUCAGACGAUGACGGAGGAGGCCCGCCGCGUGUUCCGGGCGCAGCCGCGUGGCGCCUCGCUCACGGGCGAUGCUGCCACCUCCCUGCUCACCAGCAUCAAGGGCACCGUGGCCAUUGGCACGCGCCUGCUGGCCGACCUCGACGCCAUCCUCAAGAGCCAGACCGCUGCACAGGCGCGGCGUGACAGCGAUGCGCGCAAGCACCCGCCAAAGCCCGCGGCAGCACCUGCGUCGCCGCCGUCUGCAGCCGUGAUGGCUGAGCCCGGGUACAUGUCCAUGCGCAUGGGGAUGGGGCUGGAGGGCGAGGAGGACGAGUACGUGUACACGGACAUCACCGCGCCGGCCGCUCGCGUGCAGGAGGCGGUGAGCGAGGACGAGGACGAGGACGGAGGUGCUGUGGGGCAGGGGGAGCGGAAGCGCGCAGGCAGCGUGUUUGACGGCGGUGAGGAGGAUGUCAUCUACCUGACGAAAGACUCCCUCAAGGAGCAGCAGAAGAAGGAGAUGGCGGCAGAUGCCACGCGCGUGCUGGCUGCGGCGUCACUCCCACAGAUUGUGACGCGCAUCACGCGCUCUGAGCGGUUUGACCCGAAGCUCAUGUCAGCGGUGAUCCUGACGUACCACUCGUUUACGACGGGGCGGGAGCUGCUUGACCUGCUCAUCACGCGGUUUGAGGAAUCCCUCGAGGGAAAGGUGGUGACGACGCCUGCCGAGGACCCUGUUGGCUUCCAGGUGCGCGCCCGCGUGCUGAACGCAAUCAAGCGCUGGCUGAUUGACAACGCGGACGACUUUCGUGACCGUGAGCUCCUCUCGCAGCUGCGGUCGUUCCUGCAGCGGCACCAGGGGCUGCACUCGUCCACGAAGAACAUGCUUGAGAUGGUGAAGCACAUUGAGUCGUGCCGGCGGCAGAGCACGGCCAACAUCUUCACGGAUUCUGGCGCGCGUCGCAUCCUCGGAGACAUGGACGAGGACGAGGCGGAGGAGUGGGACGUAGUCAUGCGUCCACGCUCGUCCAUGUCCGUGUGCAAGCUGGACCUGUGUCAACUCGGGUACUGGGAGACGGCGGAGCAGCUGACGCUGUGGCACUGGAAGCUGUACGUGCAGCUGACGCCGCACGACCUGAUUGGCAAGAAGGCGGAGAAGGCGCCUCGGAAGAAGCUGCUUGCCAAGCACGCCACUGUCGUCACGUUCUGGGUGAUGGCGUCGAUCCUGCGCGAGGCGGAGCGGCUGAAGCGUGUGCAGCGGCUCAAGUACAUGGUGCGGCUGGCAGACACGCUGCUGUCGCUGGGCAACUUUGACCUCUUCUACGCGGUGUACCUGGGCAUCUCCCACAGCUCCAUCCGCCGGCUCAAGCAGACGUGGAAGCUGUUCCGGGACAAGCACCCGCGCUCGACCACGCUGUACGAGAAGCACGAGCAGCUGUGCGGCGACCUCCACUUUGGUCGUCUGCGGGCGCUGUUGCGGGAACGGCACCUGCAAGCAAAGCCGUGCAUCCCGCCCAUCCCCAUGUACAACAACGACUUUCUCCGGCGGCAGAACGCGUUCAACGACACCAUGGACAACAACGGGGUGAAGCUCAUCAACCUGAUGAAACGGAUGAAUCUUGUUGAAGCCAUUGAGGAAAUUCGCGCGUACCAGCGCCUCGAAUACCGCCUCCCUGCAAAGGAAAUCAUCCAGAUGUAUCUUGAUACGCAGUUUGUGAAGCAAGUCUCGCUCUCGUCGCUCGAGGCAUCGGACCGCUCACGUCAGAUUGAGCCGCCGUCGUCUUGAGCGGCCCGCUCGCUCACUCGAUGUUCGUCUGUGCGUGUGCGUGUGCGUGCGUCUGUGUCUGUGUCUGCGUGCGUGCGUGUGUCUGUGUCUGUGUGUGUGUCUGUGUGUACAUGAUGCAGUGUCGUGCCUUCCCUCUUGUCUCCUCGUCAGCAUUUUGGUUGUUUGUUUCAGUGUGUUGCUUCUUCCACACUUCGCCUUCUCGCGCGUUGCCACUUGGUUGUUCAAGCCCUUCCCCUCAGCAAUUGUUGCCGCAUGCCGUUACAUCACACGCAACCGCAACUUUCUCUCUGCCUCUCUCUCUCUCUCGUUAUUCCUCGCCUUCAGGUUUCGUAGAUCGAUGUGUGUCUGUGUGUCUAUGUGUCUGUCUUUUUGCAGCUGUGUGGCGUGUUUUCGCUUGCAUUGUUUGGCGCCGCAAAUUUGAAAUGAAACUACACCAAGCUACGACUCUGCACCCACGCGUGUGCGCGCAGGCGAAUGAAAUGAUGGCAGCAGUGAACAUCCUG